AUGAAUGUCUUCUCUGGAAAGAACGCGCUGAAGGAUUUUUAUGACCCAGACAAGUGCCCGCCGCUCCCCUUAGUGGAGCUCCCCAGCCAUCCAUUCGAGGCCGAUGGCGUUGAAAUAUACGCCAAGAUGCUCACGAUGCUUCCGGCCGCCAAUGUCAAGUCACUGCCAGCGGCGAACAUGUUGCUCAAAGCGGUCGAAAGCGGCGAGAUCAGCGACGACACGAAACGCAUUGUCGAAUGGUCCUCCGGCAACACUGUGAUAUCAUUGGCCAUACUCAGCCGCAUUCAUGGUUUGGCGCGGGAGGAAGGAGUGUCGGCCUAUAUUUCAAACAAGAACCCGGAGUCGAAAAUGCAACUUCUGCGCUUUUUCGACUUGGAGCUGACACUAUUUGGGGGGCCAACCCAGGUCACCUCUGUUGACGUUGAUGGCGGGAUUCAGGCGGCGAUUAAUGAUGGCAAGCGCCCGGGAUACUAUAACCCGUCACAAUACACCAGUGCUCGAAAUCCUGAGGCGCAUAUUCGAUGGACUGGCCCACAGUUACUGAAACAGCUGCCAGAUGUGUCGGUAUUUGCAUCUGGCCUGGGAACGGCAGGAACGAUUACCGGCGUCGGGACAUACCUCAGGUCGAUGAAGCCUGACAUCGUCAAUGUGGGGGUUUUCAUCGCUCCCGGAGACAAGGUACCAGGCCCGCGUCCGAUGGAUCUUAUGUCGCUGCCAGCAGAGAUGGACCUCCCCUGGAAGGACGUUAUCGACACAGCAGAAUUCGCAACAUCAUUCGACUCGUACCGCACCAGCCUCGAUCUGUGCCGCCAGGGACUGCUUGUCGGGCCGAGCUCUGGCCUCGCGCUAGUUGGGUUAUACCACUAUCUGGAGAAAGUAAAAGCGAAUGGGGAGCUCGAGAAGUUGAGAGGACCAGACGGGAAAGUCAAAUGUGCGUUCAUCUGUUGCGACCAGCCCUUCCAAUAUAUCAGCGAGUACUUCGACAAACUGCCGGACAGUUUCUUCCCACGUAUCCACAACCAAGAACUCCUUGAGGUCGACCAAUACGCAUACAACACGCUUUGGAGCAUCAGCGAAGAAAAAGCCCUAACAAAAGUCAAAGCAGAAGACGCUAUCAUUCUCGAUCUGCGUGACACUUGCGACUUUGACUCCGUUCGGGUGUCAGGCUCUCUGAAUCUCAGCUUGGGCUGUCGGGAGGAGCCAAACCCAUUCAAAAGCCCGCCCGUGCUGCAUCGCCAGUGGCUAGCGCUUGACAAACGUUUGAGGGCCGAUGAUGCUGAAUUUGGUCGACGUUUGUUCACAUCCGAUCGACCCAUCAUCAUAAACUCCUACGAUGGACGCACUGCACUGGUGGCGAGCAGCAUCCUUCGCAAGAGAGGCGCGGAGGCGUACGCGGUUGUUGACGGAAUAAAUCUUUGUCCGGAGAGCGGGUUUCUGCUGGACUAUGGGACACCGUUUUCCAAGUUUUUGAUCCAGGUCAAUCGGAUUGACCUCGAAUCUGGCAAAACCAGUGUAUUCGAGUACGAGCGACGGGCAAUGUAG